GAGUCGGUGCAACAGGCCACCGGCUGCAACUCUCUGACGGCUCAGACGGCUUUGGAGGAACUGUUGCACGCGCACACACGCACACGCGCACACUCACUCCCCCGCUGCGAUGUCCCUGCUGUGUGUCAGAGUGAAGAAAGCCAAACUCCACGGGCCUCCAGACAAGUUCAACGCCUACAUCACGUUAAAGGUGCAGAAUGUGAAGAGCACCACCAUCACCGUCCGAGGGAACCAGCCAUGUUGGGAGCAAGACUUCAUGUUUGAGAUCAACCACCUGCAGUCGGGCCUGGUGGUGGAGCUGUGGAACAAAGGCCUGAUCUGGGACACCAUGAUCGGGACCGCACUGAUACCUCUGGAGAGCAUCGGGCAGAGUGACGAGGAGGGACCAGGGAAGUGGGCGUCGCUGGACUCUGAGGUGUUAAUGAGGGAGGACGAGAUCUGUGGGACCUCCAACCUGACGCCCCACCAAGUGCUGUUGGACACGCGCUUUGAGCUGCCCUUCGAUAUCCCAGAAGACGAGGCCGAGUACUGGACCGGCAAACUGGACCGGAUCAACACCAUGAGGAUCCACGACGGGUAUCCCCUGCAGGACGAGAUCCAGAGAGGACGUAUAGCUUCUGUGCCCUCUCAGUGCUGCAAUUGGAGUUAUUUUGGAUGGAAUGACCAGCAGACUUUCGAUGACCACGACAGUGCGGUGGACGACCGCGACAGCGAUUACCGAAGUGAAACCGGCAACAGACCUCCCCGGUUCCACAGCACGUCCCAGACUAACUCGUCCGUGCACCAGUACCCCAUAGGACGCAGGGACCAGCAUCAGACCCUGACCAGGGAGGCCGACUCCAUUCAAAGCUACGAGCUAGACUUCAGAGAAACACGGGGGCCCAGGCGAUCAAACAGUCGUGGUGGAGUGAGAAUAAUCCCUGUUGACUCCGGUAUGGGCGUGGAGGACUGGGAGAAGAAAUAUAAAGUGCCUGACUCAGGCGUCUUGGAUGAUUAUUUGGAUGCCGAGCAAAAGAUUUGGGAGGACAAAGAUAAAAGCAUAAUCUACCGGAUCAGUGACAACUCUUGUGAGGCCAAAGGUAGCAGGUUCUACCAGACAGUGGAGUGUGAUGCACUAUCCCCUGAGGACUCGGAGGAGGCGGAUGGCCGGACAGACAGACAGAAGCAUGGCUUUGGUAGUGGAGAGGUCAGGUUAGUUUAUAAGGAAGCCGGCAGCUUUGAGGAUGAGACGUCCCCUCCGGAAAUCGAUAUAAUUCCCCCUGUCAAACAGCUGCGACAGCAGUCGGACAGAGAGAGUCUGCUUUACAAGACCCGGCUGUGGGCCAAAACCGCCUUAGAGGACACGCUGGAGAGCUAUGCAGCUUUUUGUGAGGAGGAGGAAGCUCGGGAAGAAGCUGCGAGGAUCAGAGUGAGGGAAGAAUACGGCUCUGUUGGUUCAGAUGAGAUGCAGUAUUCCUUUGGAUCUGAGGAGGAACUAUAUGACCUGGCAUUCUCUGAGGGGGAUGUCUGCUAUGAGUAUGAUAGUUACCACUACCCUAGCAGGUACAUGUCAGCUUUUGAAGGACAAGGCCAUUCAAGCAAAGGGAGUAUAGAUCGUGGAGAUGAUCCCACGUUGCCUCCUGUUGAGAAGCCAGGUGACGAAUAUGUAGAUGCAAUGGAUGAACUUCAAAGCUUAGUUGACUCGGUGUCUGAAUACCUGGCUGUAAAAGAGGAGGAAAUCAACAACUACGAAUCAAUGCCAAAACCAAUUAGAAGAAAACUCCCAGCACUGCCAACCAAUGCUGAAGCUGUGCAGCCUGAGAACAGAAGUAGCCUUGAAGUAAAACCUGAAGUUAAGGAGGACAGUGCGGUCGAACAGGGUAUAGCUGGAGUAAAGAAUGCUAUGAGUUCAAUAUUCAGUACAAUCACAGGAUCAAAGUCUACCACUGAGUUAGAAGCUUCUGCCACAACUACAACCCCCAGACCCCCACAGGCAGACUCUGGUAUUUCAAAACUGCUCUCUUUGAUCCCUAAAGUUAGUCCUGAAGCCGCAGUGACUUCUGAUAGCACUGCAACGCCUACCACUCAACCAUCACACCAACCUGAGUCUGGCUUUUCAAAGCUGCUUUCGUUUAUUCCCAAAAGUGGUGGCUCUUCCCCCCCAGUGGCUAUAGUUCCUCCUGCCUCUCAAGAGCCAACAACUGAAAAAAGGUUUUCCCUGCACUCUCUUUUGCCAUUUCAAUCCUCUGAAACCAGUCGGCAAGCUGACACUGGACCAGAGGUCACAGAGGCACAAGCCAGCACAGCCUCUGCUAUUCAACCCUCAUCCGGGUUUCAAUCAAUGUUGGGAAGGCUUAGUCCUUUGAGACUUUUUUCUAGUACACCGUCAGCUAGAGAGCCAUCACUUCAGCUAUCAGAGCAAAGAACUACAUCUGCUACAACCAAUGAAUCCCAACAAGGGCCUGAAAAGAGAUCCACUAGUCCUAAUCGAGAGGGCUCAGAAACAGAACAACAGUCAUCAGGAGAGACAAGACCAGGUUCAGGAAGUGGAUCAGUUGAUCUUUUGCCAGAUACAGGAAGUGGAUCAAUUGAGCUUUCGCAAGAAACAGGAAGUGGAUCAGCAGAGCUUCUCCCAGAGACAGAGUCAUCUGGUGAACUACCUGAUGUUCAAGAAAGAAGAUCCCCUGCAUUAUCUGAACCAAAACCUGAAAGCAAUCCAGAGGAAACAGGGUUCUUCAGUCCUUUUAAGAAAUCUCUGUCGACCUUCAUAUCAACAGUUCCUUCUGAAAACCCAUCGAGUAACACCAAGUCUGCAGAAGAGUCUUUUUUAAGCAGCAAACUCAAAAUUCCUUUUUUCUCUUCUGAAAGUGCACCCCCAGCAACAACAGAAAGAGGCAUGCUCUCGGGCAUUCUUAAGUUUGCAUCUGGCGAAGAUGUCAAUGCCCCGCCAAAAAGUCCACCCUCCAGCCUUGUAAAAAGUCCCUCACCAAGUCGUGCUGCUCUUCUUGAAAGUGUCCCAAAAGGAAACACAGAAACCGGCUGGUUUUCAAACCUGUUUAAAGUAGCCCCAAAUGACCCUGCUAAGGACGCUGCAACACCACAAAUGACUCCUAAUGUGAUGCUAACCCAACCUAGUGGUCAAACUGAGCCACAUACUGAACACAAGGUCCCUGAAACCACAGACGGCACUCUCUGCAAAACAGAACAAUUGUCUCGAGAGCAAACAUUGUCUGAAAAAGAUUCCCAAAGCAAGACAGAUGUCCAGCUUGAAGCAGAUGUUACAUCUGAAAAUCAAGGUCCGCCCAAGCCGAUGGAACAAGCCAGAUCACAACCACAAGUCUCACAGGCCAAAGGCAUUCUUUCUGGUUUGUUGAAUCCAGGAUCAACAGAAGACGUGUCGUCUAACAAGAAAGCCCAAGGAGUGGAUAGUCAGCCUCAACAAGGUGGACUACUUUCAGGCCUAUUUUCAUCACCUCAGUCGCCUCCCCAAACACAACAAAUGCCCGCCACACAGCAGCCAGGAGGACUGUUGUCAGGAUUUUAUAAAUUUGCCUUUGAUAAUGUUUCUACUCCUAUAAAUCCGUCACCGUCGUCAUUGCCAGAAGGCCAAUCAAGCCACAUUUCAACUGCUGCGCAGACAGUUUCUGGACGAUUCCUAUCUGGGUUCUUGAAAAAGGCGACUGACACAGUAACUGGUGCUCAACCAAAUCAGCCCAGUCAAGAGUCACAACCAGAAGCAGCUGACCAUGCAGCAAAAACAGAAGGACCUGAACAAAACUUGAGUCAAUGCACCUCUCCUCCUAUUCAGUCAGCAGGGGAUUUGUCUGACCAGCAAUUGAGACGACCUGGUGUCUCAGAUCAACAAACAAGCCAACAGCAACAGCUUGAACAAACAACUGAAAAACAACAUCUGAAAGCAACAGAAACUAUGCUUCAACCUAGUGGAUUCUUAGGGGGUUUGUUGAAACUCACAGAAACCGCUUCCCAGCCACCAAAAGGACCCCAUGCUACACAAUCUACGCAAGCAAAUCAGCAAUCAGGUAACAUGUUGUCAGGACUUUUUAACAGGAUUGUAGAACCUAAUCCGACUCCAUCUCAACUACAAUCAGAGUCUGGUGUUCAAGUGACUAACCAAAAACCAGCACAACAAGGACCUCCUCAACAAGGAGGAUUCUUAUCUGGUCUUCUUGGAAUUGGGGGCCAGGACUCUGCUCCUGCAAACACAAGCCAGCCCUCACAAAAUCAGCAACAGAGUGGCCCAUCCGGCCACCAAUCUAAUCCGCAACCAGGCAAUAGACAAAACCUACAACAGCAAAACCAAGUCCCUCUACAACCACCCCCAGUUAGUCCUGGAGGUAUGCUCACUGGAUUGUUCAACAAAAUUACGGAUUCAGGACCCCCACAAUCUGCAAUGCGAAGUCAACCAGAACAGCAACAUGCACAAAUAGUAGGCCCAAGAAUGAUCCAGCAACCACCGAAUCAACAGGGAGGCCUCUUCUCUGGGCUAUUUUCAGUGGGUCCUACUCCUCCAGCACAACAGCAACCACCAGCAAGUCAUCCCAAACAGCAGCAACCCCAACAAGGUAACAGACAGCCUCUGCAGAGGCAAAACCAGUUACCUCCACAACCAGCUGCAUCUGCACCAGAGCCACAGCAGGGUGGACUAUUGUCUGGGCUUUUUAAUAAGUUAGCAUCUACAGAUAAUACAUCACAACAGUCUGGCCCACAGACACCAGGGUCCCAACAGGGAAAUAAAUCAAAUGUUGUUGGACCUGGUCAAUCUACAGGGCAACAAUCGUCUCAACCCAGUCAGCAAGGAGGAUUCUUAUCUGGUCUGUUUGGUCAGACGUCACCUCAACAGCAGCAACAACUUAACACAAGUGUCAGUCCUCAACAUACAGCAACCCAACAGCCUAGUCAAAGUGGAAGCUUGCUUUCGGGUAUUCUGAAGCUUGCAUCUGGUGAAAAUGUACCACAGGAUCAACAGUCAUCUCAACCUACUCAGGCAGGUCAACCAUCAGGACAAAAUACAGCCCAGUCUGAAUCAGGGGGAUUAUUUUCUGGUCUGAUGAACAAAAUUGCAGGUACUGUGGAACAGUCACUAUCAACUUCUGAUCAGGUGCACCUUGAAACAACACAGCAACAACAUCUGCCACAUGCAGGACAGGGGCGACCACAGAUUCAGAGAAGCAAACCAGAAGAGAUGCCUUCCUCCCAAAAUGUGGCCACAGAUAAAGAUUCAAAAGUUUCAGCUUCAAAAGGUUUCCUCUCAGGUGUUUUUGGUGUCACAGAGGAGUCAUCAUCAAAGACACAGCAGCCGUCAACCCCUACGCUCAGGAAGGAGGAACCACAAACCAGCACAAGUACCACGUCCCCUGGUUUGUUAUCCAGCCUUUUCAAAACAGGGCCCAGUGACCGUUGCACUUCUGCUCCUGUAAGGGAAUCUGAAAAUGGCCGUCUUGAUGGUUUUCUACCAAAUAGUAAGGAGGGUAUCUCUUCAAGUACAUCGACACUCACAACAGCUACUCCAGUUGUUGACACCUGUAAAGAACCUCUGCCAUCGCAGGUUUGGCAAGAUCCAACUAUUGCUUCAACCCAAUCUUAUCUUGAGGAAAUUCAACAUCUUUUGUAUGGGACAGCAAAUGAGUAUGGGUACAAGGAUCUCUUAUAUAAUUUUACAGAGCAUGGUGUUAUUCCACCAGAGCUCUAUGAGCACCAGUGUCUCAUAGAGGCUCUUCUGUGGCAGCAACUCAAUGAUUAUGCCCUUGCCGAAGCCCUUGCCGCUCAAGUUCAGGAACGCUCCCAAGCAUACCAAGGGAAUAUACCAUCAACUGUUAAAGCACCUCAAUCGCAGAACCAAAUAUGGUUGAAUCCUAAAGAAAUCAGUUACUUCAAUGUGCCCUUACAUCCUUGGAGAGAUGCUGCUACCGAGCUUUUUGAGGUCAGAAAUCGCUUUUUUGAUCCAAAUGAAGAUCUUGUUUUGUUUGAUAUGACUUGCAAGAAACCAGACAAGAAAACCUGGAGUAGCUGUGACCAUUUGAAUGAACUUGAUAGGGAAAGAAACACUUGGAUUUCUGAAAGUAGUGCUCUUAAUCUGUGCAUGGAAAAACCAAAGGCACAGUUAAGUAGAUGUCAUUCCCUUGCCGAAUGCAAUGUACAAGAAUUCAGCAAAGUAGUGGAAAAAGGUUGUGUUACUCAUGGUAUAAAGGAUGAAGACUUUGGUUUGAAAUCAGCAACUGAGUUUUUUCAACAACUUUCCACAAAAAAGGGUCCAAAAGAUUUAACACGUAGCGCUAUGGAUUUAAGCAGGUCUGCAGGAAAUGAAGGGGAUACUGAUGAGGAAAUGCUCUUUGAGAAUUCUGAGUAGUAUCAACAAUGGCUUUCACUAUUGGAGCAAGGGUUGUGGUGGCCAGCUGAGACUGGGGACUGUGGAUAUUAUGUUUAUAUACAUGAGGAUCACAUUUAUUCCCUCUUGACCGACAGAGCUGGGAGGCACCUCUAUGCCUGUGCUGCACCAGAGGAUGUACAAGCUCUAGGAAAUAUCACUGAAAAUAUUGCUAACAUUCUGAAACAAAAAGGAAAGGACAAAGUAACCCUUUGUGGUUUUAAAAUCCCCCUUUGCCCUGAAGACAAAGGUUUAUGGAUUCAAGACCAGCAACAAAAUAAAUCACUGCUUUCAGAUGCACCAAUGGACUUAACUUCCGCCCUUAGAAAAGGAGAAAAAAUAAUGAACAUGAAUUUGGAAAGCUUCUCUCAAAUGUUUCAGGAAUCGAUGUCUUCUCAAGCAGAUCAGCCUGUGGACUUUACACUGUACAAGCUUAAGAAGAUCACGGUGGACUCCGUACACAAUUGCUGUCAAGAAAAGCCAAUGAGGGCAUCUGAUCUUACUUUAAACUCACUGAAAGGGGGACACGGAGGGCCAUACUGGAAGAAUCAGGGAAUACCAGAUGAGCUUACAUUCUCCCCUUCACCUUCCCCAAGGUGCUAUUCAAAACCCAUCUCUGCAAAUAGACCUCAUCCAAUUCCUGAAAUCAGGAUUUCAAAUAUAUGUAACACACUUGCAGAACAACAAACACCAAAGUCAAACCCCAAAUGUUCAGCAAUUGAAGGAAUAAAUGGAAUGUCUCCUAAUACUGACGCAAGUAAAGUGAAUACACAGACAUCCUCAACACCUGUUACAUCACCAUCUGUGUCUAGCAAGGUUUCAGAGUUUUCAAACAUUUCCAGACAUCUUCCUGAGAGUCCAUUAGCUUCAAAAAUACCAGGACCUGCCCAGUUAGGAAGGAAACUGCCUACACCACCAACUGUUACUAAAGCCUCUUCAGCCUCUUCAGCACAGGUAACUGCUGUGAGGAGUUUACCCUCAGCAUCUACCAGAACUGUGGCUGAGCCUUCUAUUUCCCCACAAAGACCCAAGUUUGCAAGACAGCUAUCUCAGGCAGGCCAACCCAGAGCAAUAUCAGAAGCAAAGAAGACCACAGUCAAAGGAACAUGUGACAUUAGCCAAGUCAGCAGUCCCUCAUCAAUAGACAAAACAUCCCCCCUGUCUCCAAAGCAGAAACGAGAUUCAUUUCAGGAAUGUACUCCUAAGUUACAUAUACUGAAUGACAGCACAAGUAAUGAAGCCCACCUUUACAAAAGAAGUCAUAACUUUGGCACUCCUCUUGAAUCUCAAAUACGCAAUAAAGUCCUCGAUUUUUCUUCCACGAUUAAUAAAAUAAAAAAUACAAAACCAAUUGAAGCAACAGAUGCCAAUCUAGAAUCCAGACCAAAAGAUAAAGUUGUUGACUUCACAAAGUACAAGUUGAAAAGAUUCAAAGAGAAAAAGCAGAUGAAUAUUGACACAAGUGCAGACUUGGCUGACAAAACCAUUGCUGUAGAUCUUACUAAACAGAUUGAGGAAGUAGAAGAUGAACGGCUUGAUUUAGAAUAUCCCACUUUGGGCACUUUACAGCAAAAUACAAGAGUUCCAAUUCAGAGAACAGUUUCUCAGACCAACCACAGGCCAGUUAACCAACAAAGCAAAUCAGAGAGGAUAUUGUCCAGUCCAGAGGUUAGAGUUGGUCAUAUCUCUUCUACAAUGCAUAUGCAUAGACCACUUGCCUCCAACAGCACCUCUACUUCUGACACAAGCCAAAUUGUUGUUAAAGACUUUGGCAAAGCUGCACUAAACAUUUCAUCCAAACCGUCUCUUACAUCUUCUCAGGAGUUACCAGGAACUUCUGAAACUAAUAUCAGGUUAUCAGCAACAAGAAGCUCUUCAGUUACUCAUAGUUCUCUAAAAGUGUCCGGCAUUGAUGGAGGUUUGCAACCCGUAUGUACUCCACCAUUGGUAAGACCUGUUAUGAGACAACAAGUAGACCCUCAGAGACAGAAAAUUAAUUCUUCAUCCAAUAUGCAUCGAAAGAUGCAGCAAAGCCCACCAAUAGUUACAACUGGUUGUAGACAGCAGAUUCCUGUUGAUCAUAAAAGAGCAAUUUUUACACCUCCUUCCUAUCAGUCCAGUGAAAUUGCCCAGAAAUAUCUGGAGAACACUGCACCAGCAAACUCAGUGAAAGCUACAUUAGAUAUGUCUACCAAGACAACAACUCUGCAAAUUCCGCAAGCUGUUGUGCCAUCAAAAAAUUCUGUCCAUGAGGCACUGUCAUUGACAAGGAGAAACCCAUUACCUUUUGAGGAGGCAGAAAAAAGUUUGAGUCAUCAUGAAUCCAUUAACUUGUCAUAUCGAGGUGAAUCAACAGAGCAUCAGGGACGAACAACAGAGGAUAUGCAUUCAUUACCUGUAAGAGAAUAUCAGUCUCAUGCAACUACAGGUAAUCAGGUUGAAUGCUCAAUUAUGAAAAAGGAGAUUCCAUCUGGUCAUAGAAGGGAAUUGUUACUAAGAAGGCAAUCUCUCUUAGGUCAGUCUUCUGAAUCCUUUGAAAUGUGUAAACCACCCCAGCAAGCAACAGCACCAGCCAAUUCAGUUAAGGCCACACUAGACAUGACUUCUAAGUCUUCUGCCAAAUUGAAGGAGGUGGUUAUUGAAGGGAGAACAGAUCGAACUACUGGAGCUAUACCACUAACAAGAGGCAAGCCAAGUGCCCGUGAACGUGCACGAAAAGACUCUGUUGGUUUAGCAUUAGUUGUAGAUAUCCCUUCUCAAGGACUUCUUGGUGACAUCAAGAUCAGCUUACCUUCAAAUGCACGGCAGGAGUUAGAGAAUAAGACUCGAUGCCACUCAGAUCCUAUUAUAUAUCAUCAACAAUAUCGACAAAGCAAACAUGGCUCCUGUGUGCAUUCAAAACACUCAACUCUACAGUCAGAAACUGUUUCCACACAUCAGGCAUCCACCUCAACAAAACCAGUAACAGCUGGGGCACUGGAUAUGUCACCUAAGCCAUCCCAAGCCCCACUGAGAACAACAAUUUCAGAAUAUGAGUCUACUCAAAGAGAGGCAAUUUCACUUGUUAAUAAGCCAAGUGCAAAAGCAGUUGCCCGAAAGGAUUCUGUUGGUAUACCCCAUGUAGUUGAACCAACACCACUGGAAUCAACAUGCCAGAAACAACCUCAAACAUUGAUCCCUGUGCAAAAACAGCAGACCCUGGAUAGAAACAUAGUCCCUGUUUUACAUCAACCCCUUCUCAGCUCUAUGACAAUGCAGUAUCCCAGUGUAAGUGAGACCAAUAGUGUGUCACAGUCCAUUAUGCAAUCUUAUUCGCAAAGCACGCCUGAUGUCCUUGCAAAGUCAAGUCGCUCGACUGUGCAGUAUUCAGAUACUGUUAAAACACAUCAGACAUCUAGCCCAAUGAAACCGAUCUCAGCUGCACCACUGGAUAUGUCACCCAAGCCAUCCCAAGCCAGACUGAGACCAACAAUGACAGAAUCUGAGUCUCCUCAAAGUGGAGCAAUCUCUCUUGUUAAUAAGCCAAGUGCCAGAGCAGUUGCCAGAAUGGAUUCUGUUGGUAUUCCCCUGGUAGUUGAACCAACACCACUCGAAUCGACAUGUGACAGGCAACCACAAACCUUGAUCCAUGCACAGAAACAGCAAACCCUUAACAGAAACAUUGGCUCUGUUCUGCAUCAAUCACUUCCCAGCAGUAUGAACGUUCAAAGUUCCAGUGUAAGUAAAACCAAUGGUGUAUCAUUUAUCUCUAUACAUCCUUAUCAACUCUCUACAGCUCCAGCAAACUCUGUUAAAGGCACAUUAGAUAUGUCAACAAAGACAUGUAUAUCAGACACAGUGCUAAACUAUUCAGAUCCAGUAUCACUGGUAAGGUCAAGGCUUUCAGGCUUUGCACAUUCUCAAAGAGAUUCUAUUGGUGUCCCACUAAUUGUGGAAACAUACCCCUCUCGGGAGCAACCUAAAAGGCAACAAACACAAGUUGGAUUGCAAGAACAAAUGCAACACAAAUUUGUGCACACUGGAUCUCGAGAAAUAGAUCAAAGAGCAUCAGCGCCUGCCAACUCCAUCAAAAACUUCUUAGAUAUGUCUCCAAAAUCACAGUGGAAACGAUCUGAAACAGCUAGAGAAACCUUGUCAACUGGAUCUGUGCUAUUAGUCAGAAACACGCCAACUUCAGCAACAGAUUAUUCUGUUGGUGUACCACUCAUAGUUGAACAAUCUGUACAUCAACAAGGAAUACAUCUAUUAAGUGGAGUCAACACAACGGAGAGACUGCAUUGGCAGAUCUCUACCAAUCAAAGUAAUGAGGUCUUUUCUGGUUCAAAGACCACCUACAAGGACACACAACAACAAAAUAGACCAGUGGAUUUCUCCGCAAAAGAUAGCUUAAAUAUAGCUAUCAUUAAAUUACAACCAACAAGUACUUUCACUGAACCAGAGGAUGGACAGCCCAUGAAUUUCACUAAUAACAAAGCAAAGAAAGAAAUGUUUGAAAGAAGGCCGACUGGAGGGCAAUUGGAGAAAAAAAUAACUUGGGAUAUUGUUGAUCUAACUGUGGAGCCUAUACACAACACCCCAUGUUUAGGUAUUGAAGAUGCAAAAGAUCUUUCCUUUUCUUAUACGUCUUCUCGUUCUCAGAAUAGUCUUUAUGAUCAUCAGCAAUACAUACCUCCCCCCACUUCUAUGGAAUAUUCCACUGAUAAACAGGUCAACACCCAACAUGGUGGACAUUGCAGAAGACAGUCAGAAAUAUGCUUGAACUCUGCUCCAAUCAAUACUUCUCUUUCCUCUUUGGAGCCAAAUCAACGGAAGGUACUAAAAAGUGCAUAUCAACAGGUUGAAUCGAAUAAGCCCGAUCCAUUCCAUCCAAACAUACCUCAGCUGCAAACACAAUAUUCAGUCCCACAACAGCAAUAUCAGCAAUCCGUUGUGGAAAUUGGUUGGGCUUCACCCAUUGCUAGAUCUCAGGCAAAGACUCCAAAGUUGCAAAGACAAGAUACAAUUGUUCAGCAUGACAUGACCUUUGGGCCAAGAAUUCUUAUCAAGCAGCCAACUGUGGACAGCGAGGGGAGCAUUGAGGAAGGCCCAUCAAAUUUUGAAAAAAUGACUGGUAAUGGACAGACAUUGCUUUCUUUUUCCACCCAGAAACUUCACGGUAGAUCCCAAACUGUUCCUACUUCAAUUAUUCAGCAAGCACAAGGUAGACACAGAACAGAUCCUUCUCUGCAUUCUUUUGACAUACAGUCAUCACAGAGCGGUUCAACAACAUAUUAUUAUGCAAAAGAAUCUCUUCAACUCUCAAAACAAACUGAUCCAAGCCAAUGCCCUGUCACUGUUCAGCAAUAUCCAACUCCAACUAUUCCCACAAGUACUGCCACUCCCAUUCAACAUGUAUCAGAGGUUAGUGCACUUGUAUUGCAACCCACCAUAAAACAUGGCCCACUGCCAGUAAAACAAGAAACAAGUAGUUAUCUGAUCCAAAGCAUUGGAUCUGAAAUGCAAGGACCAGAGGUAUCGCCAACACCAGCAGGUCCCACCUCUGUUAAGGGUUUGAUUACAUUAUAUAGUGGUUUAGGUUCACAACCCUCUGUCGGUGGAAAAUCAGUUGAUGUAUUACCUCACCACUCUCGCCACACGAUUGUGUCAAUACCUUUGGAAGACAGAAUACAAGUUCCUCCAACACAGGCUUCUGCUGUCAGCCAUGUUACUGAAUCUAGCCAAGUAGCUGAAGUAAAAGCAGAUUCAACUGAAGCUUGUGAGCUGCCACUUGAGAUAACUUCCAAGGACAUAAAAUCAACAGCUUUAGAUACAACACCGCUUGAAAUGGUUAAAUCUCUCAGGGAUCUAGCCUACCAGGUCACUGAAAAAAAUACCUUAGUGUCAGCACCACCACCAUGUAUGGAAACUGUUGAAGAGUUAGCCCACAGGGAUAAAAUCACAACUUCAGAUGUUUUAUUGCCUGAAGAAGUUCAGUCUCUUGAUAAGUCACUGAAAGACGUACCAUCUUUCUCAGAUGCAAAAUCACCUGAAGGUCCUCAUGACAAAACUCAAAGUGAUGUCACCUUAUCGACCCCUCCACCCAGUUCUUUCAAACCUUGCACAGAAGAAAUCACAACUUCUAAGGAUGAUAGUUUGUCUGUCAGGGUUGAUCAACACGGGGCAGAACAACCAAAUGAGCAAUCAGGAAAAAGCAUUUUUUCUAUGUUUAGUGUCUCCACUGCAACCCCACAGCAGACCACCUCCCAAACUGGAUUAUCAAUACUUGGUGGGAUUCUUCCUGGGUCCUCUACCAAAGACAGUCCUGGCACAGGGUUACUCUCAAUGUUGCGAGGAUCAAAUGCCCCAUCUUCACCUGGAUCCAAAGACCCACCACUGUCAACCCCACAGGAGAACCAGGGUAAAGACUUAUUUUCUAUGUUUGGGGGAUCCAGUUCUCAACCACCAUCUGGCCCAAGAGGCCCAAGAGGUCCAACUGGUGUGCGACCUAGAGGUCCUCCACCCAAAGAACCACCAGGCAAAGGCUUGUUUUCCAUGUUUGGUGCGUCUGCACCUCAGCAACCACCCACUCCCAAAGGUCGUCCUGGGGAUAGUGCCACACCAAGAACACCUUCCCCGGGAUCCUCUAUAUUUGGUGGCAUCCUCCCAGGUUCUACUAUAAAUAAAGAAACUCCUGGUGUAGGUUUGUUUUCAAAGUUUGGAGGUCUUGGUGCCCAGUCCCAAGCAGGACCAAACAUGCCCCCACCAGGACCAACAGUUACACCACCAGGACCCAGAGGUUCAGAGCCCUCAGGAAAAGGAAUAUUCUCUAUGUUUGGUGGACAAAACCAGCAAGCACCAGAAGCACAUCCAGUAGCUUCUAAACCACCUGAAUCAGAAAGUGGGUUUAAAGUUUCCUCUGUUUUUUCACUUGGCGGGAGUUCGGAUGGAAACAAAUCUAAAACUGGGUUUGGUCUAUUUGGAAUGUCUUUCAUGGAAGAAACCAAGAUGGAGCCAGAAACAUUUGGGAAGGGAAAUAUUGACCCCCAACAAGUGAAACCUGAAACAAAGGAUCACGUUAUUGAGGCAAUGGAAAAUGUACCUUCUGUGCCUCUUUCUACGUCAUUCGAUAAGGUGGAACUCCAAAUAGAGGCAUGCCAAGAUGGUCAAAAUUCUACCUUUGACAUUAAUAAAAAUACAACAGAAAAUUCUUAUUCCCUAAUAAAUCCACACCUGGAGGUGGUCAAAUUAGCCACAAUGCAACAUCACCUUUCUGAAAAUGCAUCAGUGGUGGUUGAAACUUCCGUCACAGACACACCAAAUGUGACUGGAAAUCUACUAGUGAAAGAAACACUACAAGCUGUGAAACUAGUAAGGGAGGAACAGUCAGACAUUCAAACUGAAAAUAAAGAGAUGAAAGAUACAGCGGAUUCUGUGAAAGAAGUUGCUGUUUCAGAGACAGAUACUUUUGAAUUCAAAAGCACAGUUGAAACUGAUAUAUCUGCCAGUCCAUUAGAGAAACCUGAUGAUAUGCAAAUAAGUAUUGUAAAUUAUCCUGACAAUACAAGCUCAGAUAUAAUUGGAGUAGAACAUUGUAAAACUGUUGCUGAAGGACAGACAACAAUUCCAGAGGUAGAAAAACAAAUGGGGGAGCCAGUGAAAGUUCCUGUUGAAGAGCAAACAGCAGUUAAAGAUGUGGAAAAAGUACCUAAGGAACCGUUGAAAGUUAUUGGUGAUGAACAAACAGAUCUCACAGAUGUGGAAGAAUUACCGAAGGAACCUUUGAAAGUUGUUGGUGAUAAACAAACAGCUCUCACAGAUGUGGAACAAUUACCUAAGGAACCUUUGAAAGUUAUUGGUGAUGAACAAGCAGCUGUUGCAGAUGUGAAAAAAGGUACUGAAGAAAGAACUUCAGCCGAUUUGGGUAUAGCACUUACAGAGAAACCAACUGCAGAAUCUGUAACAGGUGUAGUUAAAACAGAGACCACCGUUUUAGAAUCGGAAAAAUCAAUUGAAGAGGACAAGCUAUUCACAUCUGUUGAGACUUCAAAGGAAGCAAUUGAGGCUAAAUCAGAGCUUGCAGAGGCUAGAGAAGAACCAGCACAUGGAGAUGAAAAAACUGUUGGUGCCAACUCACCAGAAAUCCCAUCUCAAGCUGUGGGGCCUUUAGUAGGUCCUUCUUUGGGACCUGCUAGUCCUCCAACACAGCAACAGCCCAUACCAGGCAUGGCCAGGCCACUUGGCCCACCAGGAACAAGGAUGGGAGGACCACAGAUGGGGGACCCAAUGAUGAGAGGGCCACGGAUGGGGGGCCCAAGAAUGACAGGACCAACAAUGGCUGGAUCCAGACAGCCAGGACCACAAAAGACCCCUGAACCAGCUCCAUUUUCUGGCUUUAUGUCUAUGUCUUCUACCCCAAAUGCACCAAGUAAAGCACCAAAUGUUAGUGGAUUUUUCUCAGGCUCACCUGGGUCACUUUUUGGACCAUCACCUGCUCCUCAUCAGCCACAUCAACAACAAAAACAACAACAACAACAACCGCCACAACCACAGAAAAGCUCAUUUUUUGGUCUUCCAAGUAGCAUUGCUAAAGAAUCCCUUACUGGUGACCUAUUUGGUAUAUUUAAAGGCCCUGAAACAACAAAAUCUGAGGAACCUCCACAGUCUAGCACAGAGUCUGGACAAGAAGAUACUUGUGCAACAGUAACAGUCACUGAGAGAACUGACAAGACGGAUACAGAGAGCACACCUUUAUCUGUAGAAGGACAUGUUAAAAGCUCUGAGGACUCGGAGGUCCCUGAAAAAGGAUUAGUAGAGGAGGCAGAACGAAGCGACAAAACAGAACCAGAACAAAGUUCUCUGACUGAGUCCACCAUGAAAACAGAGACUUUUCCUGAUGAGCAUGCUAAGCAGUUAGAGGGCUCAGGUUCUGCAGUAUCUGACAAAGUUGCACCAGCCCCAGCUCCGGAAAACAAAAGCAUGUUUGAAAUACCCGGUUUGAAUGCUCCAAAAUUUGGCUUUAUGUCUGCAGCAGCUGAAGGUACAUCAUCUUUUGGAUCCCUUUUCUCAACCACUCCAUCUCCGGCCACUGGUAAAAAGACACCACAGCCACAACAGACAGACGGCGGUCUCUUUUCUGGUUUUAAAAACCUUUCAGCUGGUAUUUUCCAGGAUGAAAAGCCAACUGGAAAGGAGGAAUCGCCAUCUGCUUCAUCUGUGUUUGGCAUGAAACUUGGCUCAAUGUUUGGGAACUCUGACCCACUGAAACCUGAAUCCACCCCACCUCCGGUGUUCAUGACUCAACCUCAGUCCGAAAGUCCAAAACCUGCAGACGAAUUCUGUGAGCCAGAGUCUGAUAAACUUUCCCUCGGCUCUGGAGGAACUGAGGGUGCCGAUGCCAGUGAUACAGAAGAACCAACAGAAACUUUAAAAACAGGAAGCUGUGAUACCUUAGCACUCUUGCCACAGUCUGGCCUUCCCUCUCUCUCGGUUUCCUUAGCAGAGGGUUUCGAUGAACCCCAGUUAAAGGUAGCUACGAGUGAAAUUGACACACCUGGCAUGCAUGCAGAUCUGGGCAAAGAACAUUCAAAGGACCUGUUGACGAAGGAGGCUACC